AUGUUGCUGAAGCGAGAUUUGGGUGGUGCGUUAACCAUCGGACUAGGAAUAGCAACAGUUGCUGCUAAAUCAGUCCAUGGAUUGACGUGUUAUUGCGAACACCAAUGUCCAGGCGGCCAGACAAAUGGAACAUGUGUAACUUCACGCUAUUCCCAAUGCUUUAGUUCUGUGCGUGAGGAGAUAAAUGAUGAAACCGGCGAAUAUGAAGCCACAGUAUCUUAUGGGUGUCUUGCAGCUGGUGAACAAGGCUUCUUACAAUGCAAAGGUGGGAAUUCCUUGUCUGGCCUAGCGAUUCAGUGUUGCAACUCAGACAUGUGCAAUAAAGACUUAAAACCCAUGUACAUACCACACAGUACAACAACAGUACCACCCAAAGUUCAUAAUAAUUCUGUACCUUACAUAGCAUUCUUGUUGUCACUGGUUAUAUGUCUCCUAGUAUCUGCAAUCAUCAUUGGUUGGAUAUACCUUAGGUAUAGAAGAAAAGAGAAAAAUCGGCUGUAUGCUUUAACAUCUACUGAAAGCUAUAUAUCUGGCACCAGUAACUUGUUGCAAACGCUUAUUGGUCAUUCAUCUGGAUCUGGUUCUGGGAUUCCACUACUUGUUCAAAGAACAAUUGCCAAACAAAUACGAAUAGAACGGCAAAUUGGAGAGGGUAGAUUUGGUAAAGUAUGUUUAGCUAACUGGAGAGGUGAACAUGUGGCUGUGAAAGUUUUUACUACUAUUAAUGAUCAAAGUUGGCUACGAGAAACAGAAAUAUACCAAACUGUUUUACUUAGACAUGAGAACAUUUUAGGUUUCAUUGCGGCUGAUUUGAAAGUUAGUGCUGGAGGUGCUCAGAUGAUGUUAAUCACAGAAUAUCAUAAACGUGGUUCUUUAUAUGAUUUUUUGAAAGAGAAUACUAUUGAUACCACUCAGCUAGUCGUGAUGGCACGAUCAAUAGCUAGUGGCUUAGCACAUUUACACGAGCCAAUUAAUGGUACUCAUGGAAAACCAUGUAUUGCCCAUAGAGAUAUUAAAUCAAGAAAUAUUUUGGUCAAGACUAAUGGAGAGUGUUGUAUUGCUGAUUUUGCUUUAGCUGUCCGAUAUGAUAGUCGAAGAAAUGAAAUUGACAUCGCUCCCAACUUAAGAGUAGGCACUAGACGUUAUAUGGCUCCUGAAGUAGUGAAUGACACUAUUGAUGUGACUUCAUUUAGCUCAUUUAAAUCUGCUGAUAUGUACUCAGCAAGUUUAGUGUUUUGGGAAUUGUGUAGAAGAAGCAGACAAAGUUGGCCAGUUGGAGGAUCACCUAUGCUUCAAGCUGAUGAAUAUAUGUUGCCUUAUGCCAAUCUGGUUGGCUCUGAUCCUUCAGUGGAAGACAUGCGCGUAGUAUUGAUAAUUCAAGGAGCUAGACCAGACAUACCUAUUCGAUGGAAAUGUGAUAAUAGAUUGAGAGUGAUAUCAGAAAUCAUACAAUUUUGUUGGCAUCAAAAUCCAAAUGUGAGAUUGGCAGCAUUGAGAGUUAUGAAGACGCUGCGUAAACUUGAAGAUAGUGAAACCUUAGAAAACGGUAUUCAUCAUGUUUAA